AUGAAUAGAAAUGGAACGCAGACUAAAUAUAAUAUUUUUAAUUCUAAACUAAGAUCUUAAAAAAUAAAAUAGCCAAAAGCUAAAUCAAAGACAGCAAAGAAACCUUCUCUCUUAUUUAACACUUCACCAGCAAUACGGAUUAUAAUUUUCCUAUUGUCCUUAAAGAUUGGCGAAAAUAUUCCAAUAAAAGUGGCAAAAAUAGUACUAAUAGCACACUAGAAAUAGCAUAAAUAGCUAGGGGUAUGGCAAAAAAUUAAUAUGCAGGCAGUUAGAGAAAUAAAAGUCUUGAAAAAGCCUAAUGAAGAGAUAAACCUAUAAUCUAUAUUAUAAAAAAUAUGCUAUUUCUUCCUAAAAUUAGAAAAUAUGCUUCGACUCCGACUAAUCCGAUCAUGUAAACUACUUAAUACUAGAUAUUGCAAUAAAGGAGCAGUAUGUAGAUACCAAAAUUCCUUACAGUGA